AAGCCGAACACAAACGCAAACCGCAUCUUUCUGCGUCGUUCCUUGUGGUUCGUCGAAGUUAAAAUCUCAUCUCUCACUCAGUUGGUCGCCGGAGACGCCAACGAGGUUUUGAACUACGCGAACUUAUUCGGACUUUCUUUGACUACCUUCAUAAACCUUCAGAAAAGGCGAAAAAGAUUUUGAACCUGGAGCGACUUCCUUGUGUGAUUACUUAAUUCGGCUAUGGCUGCAACCAACGUUCGUAGUAGCAGCUUCUCUCGCAACAUAUCAGUUGUGUCAUCGCCUCAAAUACCUGGUCUCAAAUGCGGUCCUAAUGGCACAACCUUUAUAUCGACCGGGAUUCGUGAUCUCGACAGGAUACUAGGUGGUGGGUAUCCUUUGGGAAGCUUAGUAAUGGUGAUGGAAGAUCCUGAAGCACCGCAUCAUAUGGAUCUGUUAAGAACUUUCAUGUCUCAGGGGCUUGUUAACAGUCAACCACUUCUUUAUGCUAGUCCUUCGAAAGAUCCCAGAGGGUUUCUUGGUACGUUGCCGCAUCCUGCAUCAUCCAAAGAGGAUAAACCUACAGCGCCCGACCCUGAUCAGGGAGAGAGCUUGAGGAUUGCUUGGCAGUAUCGGAAGUAUAUGGAAAACCAGAAGAAUUCUAUUGAUGAUUACUCCAAUGACUUUGAUAUGAGAAAGCCCUUGGAGAGGCAAUUUCUUAGCGGACGGCCAAUAGAUUGUGUCAGUCUGUUAGAUUCUUCGGAUCUUUCCGUUGCUCAGGACCACUGCGCCACUUUUUUAUCAAAAUUUCCGAGAAACAGCAGUAGCAUUGCAUCCGUUGGCCGCAUCGCAAUCCAGUCAUUCUGCUCUCCCCUGUGUGAGUAUUCUGAUAAGGAAUCAGACAUGCUUUCGUUCAUAAGAUUGCUAAAAAGUAUGCUGAUGGUUUCAAAUGCGGUAGCCAUUGUUACUUUCCCGCCUUCCAUGCUCUCCCCGUCUUCCUCAAAAAGAUUGCAGCACAUGGCGGAUACCUUACUCUCUAUCAAAGCGAUCCCAGAUGGUGACAAGGAAUUGGAGAAACUUCUCACUGGCUACAAGGACAUAAAUGGAUUCCUCAACGUACACAAGGUUGCACGAAUUAACACGCAGGUGCCUGUAAUUCUUGAUGCAAAGACUUUCUCGAUGAGCUUGAAGAAGAGAAGAUUCUUGGCUCUAGAGUGUCUGAAUCAAGCCCCCGUAGAUGGGUCCAGUGGAACAUCGUAUGGCACAUCUGGGAGCUGCUCAGGAUCAUCCAAAUCUGGAGCACUCGAUUUUUGAGUUGCGGAGUUAGUUUUCCUCAUCUUCUUCUUGGCUUUAUUUUUCUAAGUUCUCUGCUUUCACUUCAGGAACUGGGCAUUAGAAUGUUGGGUCUUAAAAAAAAAACAGUUUUGACAUUAGCUAAAAGCGAAGCAAAAGUAUUUUCUAUAAUCUGUCUUUUAAGUAACAAAAACAUGAGAUCUAUAUCAUGAGAGAAAAAAAAAAAA